CGACGCUCUGUGAGAGAGCUUUGGCCCCGGUGAGAUGAAGGCUCGGUCUGUGGUGGGAAACGAGGGGCAAUGAAGAUGAAGAUAAGAGUGUGUCAAGGGGUUAGUGGCAUCAUCAUCGUCACCAUGGUUACCAGUUUUAUGUUGGUGUACAACAGCAGCUCUGGUGACAGAUCAUCUCCCUCGUCGGCUUCGUCAUUAUCGUCCAACCGUUUACACCAUGCUCCAUCCACGAAAAAGCCGGAGAGACUGCAGAGAGUCCCAGCAUCAACACUUGAGGGGUACACAGGUGUCAUGGAUCAUAAGCCUCUGAAGCUGCACUGCAGGACUUGUGCCCUGGUGACCAGCUCCGGCCAGCUAACUGGGAGCAAGAGAGGUGAAGAAAUCGACCACUCAGAGUGUGUAAUCCGUAUGAACGACGCUCCCAGCAUAGGCUUCCAGCGGGAUGUCGGCCAUCGCACAAGCCUGCGUGUCAUAGCUCACUCCAGCCUGCAGAGGGUGCUGCGGAGCCGGCAGCAGCUGCUCAACGCGAGCCAAGACGCGGUGUUCAUCUUCUGGGGACCCAGCAGCUGCAUGAGACGCGAUGGGAAAGGCCAAGUUUACAACAGCCUCAAGCUGCUAAACCAGCUGCUGCCCAAACUUAAAGUCUACAUCAUUUCCCGCUUUAAAAUGCUGAAGUUUGAUGAGCUGUUUAAAAAGGAAACAGGGAUUGACAGGAAGAGUUCCAACUCCUGGCUGAGUACUGGCUGGUUCACCAUGGCCAUAGCCCUGGAGCUGUGUGACAGGACCAAUGUGUUUGGCAUGGUGCCACCUGAUUUCUGCAGAUCCCCCUCUCAUCCCUCCGUGCCGUAUCAUUACUAUGAGCCCUCUGGGCCCGACGAAUGCUCCAUGUACCUCUCCCACGAGAGGAGCCGCCGAGGAAGCCACCACCGCUUCAUCACGGAGAAGGCGGUGUUCGCAAACUGGGCUCGAACCCUCAACAUUCACUUUUACCAGCCAGACUGGAAGCCCGCUGCUGUCAUCGCCAACAGGAACAGCUCAUGCACUCCUACUCCAGCUGGAUCCUGAGAUUCAGUCCAGACAGGAUCCCCAGGAGUGUAGAAUUUGUGUGUGGACAGUUUCCAGCGUGCAGCUUCCCUCUGCGGCUGAUGUGUGACUGCUUGAGACAGCAGUAGGACAGAGCGUGCCACUGUUGUGGCAGUUAGCCUACUGCCUAAGCAGCUUGGCACAAUGGGAUCAUUGAAUAAUAGCAGCACAAAGCCUCAACAAUGUUUUGGAAGUGUAAUUAUAAUACGAUGAAUUUAA